GUCAGGCUCCCGCGGCCUCAGCGGUAGCCCCGCUCGGCGCGGCGCAGUCGGUUCGAGUGAGCACAGUACAGAGGAGGUGUCCUCCGCUCUUCCACCUUCUGCCACCGACGCCGGGCUGUGCCGCUUGAGCCGGGACGCACCUCCGCGCUCCUCGCCGCUUCGACCCCCGCGGCCGCCACUCCCCUUGCUGUAGGCGCACACACCAUGACGAAGAAAGACAAGAAGUCCUUCAACCAGACCCUGGCCGAGUGGAAGCUCUUCAUCUACAACCCGACCAAAGGAGAGUUCCUGGGACGCACCGCCAAGAGCUGGGGUUUGAUCUUGCUCUUCUACCUAGUCUUUUAUGGGUUCCUGGCUACACUCUUCACGUUCACAAUGUGGGUUAUGCUUCAGACUCUGAAUGAUGAAGUUCCAAAAUAUCGUGACCAGAUUUCUAGUCCAGGACUUAUGGUUUUUCCAAAACCGGUGUCAGCGUUGGAGUAUUCAUUCACUAUGUCUGAUCCACAGUCCUAUAAAGGGUACAUUGAAGACCUUAAGAAAUUUCUAAAGCCAUAUGCUUCAGAAGCACAGAACAAUCUCUCAAAGUGUACUGAUGGAGCACUCUUUGAACAGAUGGGUCCAGUUUAUAAAGCAUGUCAGUUUCCUGUUACCUUACUUGGAGAAUGCAGUGGGGUUGACGAUCCUGACUUUGGCUACUCCAGUGGACACCCUUGUAUACUUGUGAAAAUGAACAGAAUAAUUGGAUUAAAGCCUCAAGGAAAACCAAAGAUAGAAUGCUCUCUUUCUAAGGGUGAAAACACGACUCUAUCAGUUUAUCCUGACCCGGGAAAUCUAGACUUAAAAUAUUUUCCAUAUUAUGGGAAGAAAUUGCAUGUGGGCUAUCUACAGCCGUUAGUGGCUAUCCGGCUCGGCUUCGAUGCUAGCGGAGCCCAAAAAGAAGCAACGGUCGAGUGCAAGAUUGUUGGAUCAUCCAACCUGAAAAACCACGAUGACCGUGACAAGUUUUUAGGACGAGUUGCGUUCAAAAUCACAAUGCGUGCAUAGUAGGAGUUAGAAUACAUCCACAGGGUUAAUGUUGUGUUGUCUGUUUUUAUUUUCUAUCAGCUGGACCUGACAUUCUAGAGUUACGAGACCCCCUGAGAGAGGGGUGGGUGGUACACGACACUGGGGUAACGUUGUAAUGUGCUUCCAGAUCAUAGUGUCCAAUGUCCUCUGAAGUAACUGCCUGUUGCCUCUGCUGCAUUUGGGAACCAUUGCACAGUAGCCCGAUGGGGACUGUGAACACCUGAUUCUGAACAUAGGGGUCUUGUCCUAUUUUUAUGUGGGUUAAUUGCCAAGUGUCUAAAGCUUAAUGUGCUGUGCCAUGUAAAUAUUUUAUAGAUUUAACACUGGUUAACUGUCAUUUUGAUGCCAGCAAAGUUUUAGGGGUGAAAUGGUACCUGACCAACAUGAAGUGACUUUAUAGCUGCAGAAAAACGUGUGUGCGGAAGUUCUGGGUAUGAAGAGGAAAAGAAAAUAAAAGUGGAUUUGAAAAGUUA